ACAUGAGAUCCAUGUGAUUAAUUUAAGGUCAGUUUUUAGUAAAAUGUUUGGUUACUGUUGGUUUCCUUGUCCUAUAUAAAUCUACCCACAUGUUCUGUUAUUCAGAUUGCUUAGAGCAACGUACAACAGCCUGCUGAGCACUAGAGAUACCAACAAGAUGUUAGUUGUUCAAAACUACACCUUCAUCCUUUUAUUCUGUUUAGUUGUCAUGCUAGUUUCUGCUCAAAGCUCUUUUCUUCCACCUUGUGAACCAGUUAAUGAGACUGUGGCUGUGGAAAAGGAGGGCUGUCCAAAAUGCCUGGUGUUUCAGACCACCAUCUGUAGUGGCCACUGUCUAACAAAGGAGCCUGUAUACAAAAGCCCAUUUUCCACUGUCUAUCAGCAUGUUUGCACUUACCGGGAUGUACGUUAUGAAACCAUCCGCUUGCCAGAUUGUCCUCCAGGAGUGGACCCCCAUAUAACCUACCCGGUGGCUCUCAGCUGCGAUUGCAGCCUCUGCACCAUGGACACAUCUGAUUGCACAAUUGAGAGCCUACAGCCUGAUUUUUGCAUGUCUCCGAGAGAAGAUGUUCUUGUAUACUAGUCCCUAUGGACUACAGGAAUAUACUGUAUCUAGUCCGUAGUAUAUCUUACAAAGAAUGUACAAAUUAUGAAUCAGGUUACAGUAGACAAAGUAAACUUUCCCUAAAUUCUUAAAAAAUAAGUAUAAACAUAUUUAAUUUCUGGGAACAAUUCCACCUGUAAUGACUAAUUUAAGAUCCUUAAGAAGAAUCAGAAAUAUUAUUGUGUGAUUUAAAUAAGAGUUACAUUGGUGUUGAGCUGAGACUAAAUGGUUAUAAAUCAUCACCUGUCACCAAAAAAAAAACUGUUUUUUUUAUUUAUGUACAGGUUACGAAAUUCUGCACAUUGACAGAAUCCUAGUAAAGUGCAACAUUCUUUAUUAAAUCACCCUUUGAUCUAAAAAUGAAUCAAUGUAGACUUUAUUAAAAGAUCUUAAUAAAAUGAUAUUUUUAUGGCAAA